UUUAGUCAUGUUUGGUGACGCUUCCCCUUUAUCACCUCACCCUGUAUUAUUUCUGACUGGAAUCGGGCUAAUGUUGUCCGUAUAUCCACAGACAAUACCGGGGUUUUGUGUUUGGAAUACUACAAAUCCUAGUGAAGAACGGAAGUCAGAAACUCCUUUGGAGGAGCGAAGUGCUAACAAUGCGGCGUCUCGGAAAGCAAAACGUCAUGGUGUUGGCUUAACAAACACUCAGUCGAACUACAUCCGAGAACAAAAAAUGGCAAUGCAAGGUUCUAACGACUACCAACCAGUACUUAUCAAUAUAACGAAUGAACAACAAGCAGAUAUAUUGGCGAUAUACGGCUCGUAUUUUGAAAAAGAGAACAGCUUACAAGAGACGCAGGAACAAAUGGCUUUUAGUAGAGUUGCCAGAGCAGUUGUGGAAGUGUGUCCAAGGAUAACUUCCUGGGAUGAAGUGACCCUAGUGAGAAGUGCCGAUGGCAGAUACCUGCAAGUCGUUCAACUUCCAGAUGAAGACCUUAAACAAUGGAUUUUACAAGAAUCCUGCCAAAACCCAGUGUCGAACGUGAUCAACAAUGUUAGCUGUGAGAAAAGGGAGCGCCUGGUUCGUGCAGUGGUCAUUGAUCCAGAUAUUAUGCUCAUCAAUGCUGUUGAUGUUGUCGUGUACUGUUGCGCAGCUUAUACAACUUUAUAAUUGCGUAGAAUUACUGGCACACUGUGUUUUACAGACAGUGGUCCAGCUCAUUACUCAAAUAUAUUAAUAGGCCCUAUUGCCUUUUAUUGUUAUUAUUAUUAAUAACUGAAAUCACACAAAACAUGAGUUUUCAUCAUCAUACAUCUGGUAAUAUCUUAAUGAGUUUAUUUAAUAUGAUAAUAUUAUCUAAUAAUAAGUUCAUUUGUUUCAAAAUAAACAAACUAUCUUUUUCAAUAGUAUAACCGUAUACGUUUCUUCAACUGCAAUUGCCGUGACCACGAUAGGCCUAUUAUAGUGUAUAAUACAGUGGCGUAUGGCGUAUUGAAAUUGGAGUGUGGCGAGGUUGGGGUGACGAAGCUAAAUAUAGAGCUCCUCGGUGAUUAAACGAGAAAACGCUAAAAGAA